GAUUGGGCGCAGGAUGAGGCGCGUGUGAGCCACACCACGCCAGGCUACACCUUCCUCCGCCGCACACCGCGCCCCGGAACCCCUCCGAAAAUCACGACCGCGCGUCAUCCCCACCGGCCACCGCCCGCAUUCCUACAACAGCCAUGGCCACGGCGGCCUCGCCGCCGGCGGCACCUUCCGCUCGGGCGUCGGUGAUCCGCUCCCGCGCUGCCCGCCUCUCCCUCCCCGCGGCCCUCCCGGCGGACGGCCGCGGUGACACUGCCACCACAUACAAGGAGCUCGGUUUGUACUCCUGGAAAAGGAGGAUAGAAGAUGCGGUUAUCCGGGUCGAGUUGUCCGCAUCCAAUGCACUGGAGAAGGAGGAAGCACGGAGAAUCAAACACGAGGAAGUACUGCAAAGCCGUAACUUGUGGGACAACCCGGCCAAGUCGCACGAGACGCUCUCUGCCCUGUCCGAUGCCAUCAGAGCGGUCGAUCAUCUCAAAGACCUUCUAUAUAAGGCUGAAGAGGCUAAGUUGAUAAGUCAACUAGCAGGCAUGGAUGUCAUAAAUGGAGAGCUAUUUAAGCAAGCAUAUGAUAUCUCUUUGGAUGCAAGUGAGUUUCUAGAUCGUUACCAGAUGUACGAGCUUCUUAAGGGUCCAUAUGACAAGGAAGGAGCUUGUAUCAUUGUCACUGCUGGAUCAGAGGGUCUCGCUUCAGAGCUAUGGGCAGAGAAGCUAUUUGACAUGUAUACAAGUUGGGCACGGAGGCAAGGUUGCAAAGAAGGACUGGUAGAGAAGAUCGCAUCAACAAGUGGUCAUACCCGGUUUGCAGCAAUGGAGAUUGAAUCAGAGUACAUGUUUGGCACCCUUUCUGGAGAAAAAGGAAUUCACAGAAUGAUCUACUCUUCCGUUGAAAAUUCUGGCACUGACGAGGCAAUUUCAGCUAGAGUCGACAUAAUUCCUCUCUUCUUGGAUAGACCAGUUAAUUUUCACUUGGACGACAACGAUCUGGAGAUUUCUCCGCUGCCCAGUAAAUGUGAAAAUGGAGAUCGAAGAAAUGGCGCCACUGUGAGAGUUCAACACAUACCAAGUGGAGUUACUGCCGAAAGCUCAGGUGAAAGAAGCUAUUUCGCAAACAAGCUAAAAGCCGUGAGCAGGUUGAAAGCGAAGCUACUCAUCAUAACAAGAGAACUAAGAGUACCAGACCCGAAGAUGAUGGAGAAACAAGCAGUGGAGGAAGGAUGCAACCGCGAGACGAGACGAUAUACGCUUGGCCCCCAGGAAUUGGUCCAUGAUCUUAACACGGGCAUCCAGUUGUCAGACCUCAACUCGGUCCUGGAAGGCGACAUCGAACCGUUCAUCAGGGGCCGUAUUGUUUCAAGACAUGGAUGACGAUACGCAAGAAUUUGUAUGCGGUUCUGUAAAUCCAUUUCUGCUGAUACAGAUAUAGCAACAUUACCCGGAGGAUGAUAACCUCUGUAACAUGGGUCACAUUUCAAGCCAAAAGGGCAAAUAUACCAGGUAUAGGAAAGCA